CUUCCAAUUCCCUCUUUCCAAACUAUCAUGUCAAAUUGGUAAAGCUAGGGUUCACACAUAAGCGUCAAGGGGGUCACAUCAAACUUGCAUUUGAUUGGCUUAUAGACGCUGCCCAUUGCAUUCCUUGACAAUCAUUGGCUACUGCACUGAAGGGAAAAUCCUUCUCUAGCACACAUACCCUUCUUUCAAGUCAUGAGGUGCUGCCAUGGGCUAAUUCUGUACCCACCACUCGUAUUACCCAUAUUACCCUGAGAGAGAGAGAGAGAGAGAGAGAGAGAGAGCGUAACUGUGUAUGUGUGUAUGAGAGAGAGUCAGAGAGAGGGAGGGGCGAGCAAGUUGAGUUCAGAGAGGGGGAGGGUGCUGAGAAUGUGGGAGAAGCAACAGCUUGAGAUUUCUAGGGAGUCUGUCUAAGGGAAAGUCGGAGCCACUAACAAAUGCGAAGGAAGUGUGAGAGGCAAGGAAAUGACGGUGAAGAAGUGAAAGGAAAAUAGGAAACAUGCCUUACAGAACAUAGGGAGGAAAAGAGGAAUUUCUUCUUGCGCAAGAAAAGGCAAAAAUGGAAGAGACUAUAGAUGGAUUAGUCAGAGCUUGAGAGAGCAAAGCAGCAGAGAAGUGAGAAGAGACUGGGCCUACCGGUCAAGACAGUCAUUUAAAAUAAGCCGGCAGAGGAAGUUGUUGGCAGAAGUAGCAUCUGCUUUUGAAUGAGGGUUCACGAGGACACAUGCAUGUCGCCGGCUGUGUGUGCGUGAGAGUGGACGCACGUUAUGAAGAACCGAAUGCUCUGUCUGCUUCCGGUGAUCCUUGUGUGUUCCUUCUGCAGUGUGGCCUUCUGGUUUUUUCUUUCCAGCAAUAAUGUAAUCCCUCGUCUUGCUUCUAAGAUUCCUCAAAAAGGCUCUGAUGCUUCAGCACCUUGCACAGGAUGCAAAGACAGUUUAUUAAUUACCAAAGCACUGGAGAACUACUCAAGCGAAUGGAAGAAACAGGAGGCAAACUUCAAAAAGUUCAGGUCAGUAUUAAGCAGCAAGUGUCAUGCUGUGUCUAAGGCUGUGGUCACACAGAGUAACACACCACUGGGCUCAAAUGUGGUCUAUGAUGGAGAGAGGAGAAAGCCACUGCAGGUGACACCAGCUCUGUUCAGCAUACUUGCUAAGGAGCAGCCCUUUGGAAAUGCAACAUUCGAAUCGUGUGCUGUGGUGGGGAAUGGAGGUAUUUUGUCCAAUAGCAGCUGUGGACAGAAAAUAAAUUCCGCUCAAUUUGUCAUCAGAUGUAAUCUUCCACCACUGGGGAACGGACAUGAGCAGGAUGUUGGCAACAAAACAAACUUGGUGACUGCAAAUCCCAGCAUCCUUCACGAGAAGUACAGCGGACUGAUGGAUCGACGUCGUCCGUUUGUGGAAAGCCUCCGUCCCUACGGACAGGCUUUACUGCUGCUACCAGCUUUCUCCUAUGGCCACAACACGCCUGUAUCCCUGCGUGCAUUUUACACACUGGAGGACUUUGGCAGAGAAGGUCCGCCGCCUGUUUUUCUGAACCCGGACUACAUGAGGAGGCUGUCAAAGUUCUGGCGCGAAAGAGGGCUCAACUCGGUCCGCCCCAGCACGGGACUCAUCAUGGCUAGCUUAGCGCUAGAGAUUUGCACUAACGUCCAUUUGUACGGCUUUUGGCCUUUCAACAAACAUCCGCAUGACAAUCGGCCGAUCACCAACCAUUAUUAUGAUAAUCGGGAGAGCAAAAAGAAUGUGCAUUCCAUGCCAACUGAGUUUGAACAUUUACUAAAACUCCACAAGCAAGGUGUGGUGCAUAUACACCUGGGUGACUGUCAACACAAUCGGAGGUAAAAACAUGUGGGCCACAGAAUACAUCUUUAUCCGAUUUGCUACUAAAACACCUGUAAGGCUUAUUUUCACUGCUGAGAGAAUGAAGGCCUUUCUGAAAACAAAGCAUUUUUGAAUGUGCACUGAGGCUAUGAAUCUCUAUUGCUUGAAUUACUGUUCGUACACACUUUACCGUAAGAUGAAUUUGCACAUAUACUUGCACAUUUUGCCUCCGUACUGUGAAGGAAUUUAAUUAGGAAAAUGACUCCCAGACCUGCAUCCUCCCUAAAGACCCCUAAGCACUCAUUCACGCGGUCUUGCCUUAGUCAGUCGCUCACUUUUGGUACGCGUCUUCAGCUGUUGCCUCUCAUUCAUCACAAGUGCCAGUCUGUUCUCUUUCAAAACGAGCAGUAAUGGAUCUGAUCUCAGGUGUGCGGAGUAAGCUGUAAUAACAUGAACACUGAAAUCAAAUGCCGCCUUCCUGUGAACAUGGGAAACUCGUGCCAUCAAGUUGGGCGUUCGUUAGGACGACAUGUAACACGUUCAAGUUGGAAAAUAACAAGGAAGGAGCAAACUUAGAAAUAUAGUUAAUUUAUGCUACAUCCAUUUUAUAUAUCUGUUAAGUGCCCAAACAGGUAUCCCUUUACAAAAGACAUAGAAAUCUUACAUUUUUCCCCAUACGGUGUAUACUGGUAUCAUAUAAAAUGUUUAGUUUUCAUAAAAUAAUCUAUACAUCAAGCAUAUAGUGAUUGAAAGAACACAUGUAGAAUUGAUAUAACUGUCCAAAAUCAUUCAUUACCAUUGACAACAGUUUGCAUUCCAUCGUUUUGGAUUUCGACAACUCGGCUCGGCAAGUCGUAUUGUGUAAAAUCCAGAGAUUCCCAGUUCCCACUGUUUAACACAACUUCAUUUGAGCAUUCAUGUGCCUGGAACUCGCAAAUAUGUGAUAUUUUCGUCUCCACUUGAAGGCGGCAUACUUCUAGACUUUGAUUCCACAUCUUAGCUGCUUCAUUUUAAAAAAUAAUCUUUAACACAAAGUUUUAGUUUUAUGUUUAUAAGAGCUUUAAUCAAUUUUGAAAAGAAAGAUCUCAAGUAGAUUCAUUUGAAAGCUGUGAUGGAGUUAAUUAAUACAAUGUGGAGGUGUCGCACCUCUAAUGUCAUGCCUGGUGUUCAGUUGUUAAAUAUGUAGAAUAUAUGUGACAGAAUUUACUGCACAUGUGAAAAAGCUUGAGGAAAGCAUUUGAAAAUGGCGGUGUGGAGGAUGGAAAACGCUUUUUAAUAUUAUCCGGAUUAAUGUUGACAUUUAGAGAAUUUGUUGAUCUCCGGAUUUAUUUAAAUGUGACAAUAUGAUUGCUGGAUGAAACAAUAGGAAACACAUGUGUGGGUUAACUUCACUCAGAGUUAGAAAAAACAGCUGUAAAUGCAUAUCAAUAAAUUACUGUAUGGAACAUAAAAUUGGUUUGGAUAAUUAAGUAAAACACAGUUUUUUUUAUAUUCUUUGCAUUUUAAAGUGGACAUGACAGCAUUAAAAAUGUAAAAUGCC